AUGCCCUUCCCAUUCGAGUACGAGCCGUUCUACAUGCGUCCCCUCCUGAUAGUAGAAUCUAUACUACGGGCCUUCUACACAAGCAUGGUCUACUUCAUCAUUCCAAUAGCCGUGGCAAUAGCGAUCAUUUUCGUCAUCGUCUUCUUCUCUUUCGGUAUACUUGCAGCUGCAUUUGGGUGGAACACAGGUUCGGAAGAGAUGAAAGCGAGGAGAGAAAAAGCGAAGAAGGAGCGCGAGCACAAACAGAAAGAGGAAAGGUCAGGCGUAGAACUAUCUACUUCUCCUUUGCCGGUGUCUUCGAAGGAAUUAGGUGAUAUGGGGGAUCUGGAGAAACGUCUUGAGAUUGAGAUUGAGCUUCUUGGCGAGAUGGUAGUUUCCAGGAAGGAGAGAUUGGCGGCGUUGAAGAAAAGGGAGUCGGGGGGUUAUGCUUCUGAUUUGGUGGUUUUGGAGAAAUAG